AUGUCUUCGUCACGUCCAAGCGGUGGUCGAAAUUUCACGGACGCAGAAUUGGCCAGAUAUCUGAACUAUAAUGGUGUCACUAGUGAUAGCGAUGGCGAAACUGAGGGGAGUGAAACUGAGGAUUAUUUGGAGGUUGAGGAUUCUGAACAAACUGAUGAAGACGACGAGCCAAUGGAGACAUCAUAUACAUCCGAAGCAAACUCUUCUACAUUCAGGGCAUUCGAUAUGCUCAGUACAAUAUUUAGAAGGUCUUCUUUGCUUUCUGUGUUCGACACCGGCAUUGCGAAUCUCAAUACUUAA